AGCUUCACGGGCUCAUAUUAGCUGACGGCUUCCAUCGACACCUCCACAUCUUCAACAUGGAGAGAUAACGAACAGCUCGGCGCCGCUAUUCGAGGCUUAAAGGGGAAGACGGCUGGCCCGGCGUUGACAGUGGACGUCGGCGACAUUACGACGGCCGCUUUGCUGGGGGGGGGGGACUGCGCGGUGUUUUUAGUGGCGCCUCGAAGGGAGAGCAGCUCGUGAUGCUACGUAAGCAGCGCCUCUCUGGCGGGAGCGCGCGCGCGUGAGAGCCAGCUUUUUUUUUUUUUUGUUUAGUUAAUUUUUUUUAAUUUUGUAUUUUUGACGUCGCUCCUUCAUCUCUCCCGCCGGAGACGCGCUGAGAGAGAGGGAGAGGGAGAGGGAGAGAGGCGACGGCGGCGGCGGCGGGCGAGUGAACUUUUUGCGGGAGGCGAUGGCAGCUCGAAGCCGGAGAGCUUGGUUUAGCGUCCUCUUGGGUCUGGUGCUCGGCUUCACGCUGGCCUCCAGACUCAUCCUGCCCAAGGCCGGCGAGCUGAAGAAAGCCGGACACAAGCGGAAAGCCAACCCGGCCAACUGUGGCCUCAACGCGGCUCUGGGCAAGGAGCGCGGCGGCGGCGUCCUGUGGUCGCCGAAAGAUAGCGGCUCGCCGGCCACGCAGACGCCGGGACCCCGCUCCAACAACUUCCUUUUCGUGGGGGUCAUGACCGCCCAGAAGUACCUGAACAACCGGGCCGUGGCCGCGCACAGGACGUGGGCUCAGAGCAUCCCCGGUCGCGUGGAGUUCUUCUCCAGCGAAGGCUCCGACUCCUCCAUCCCCAUCCCCAUCGUGGCCCUGAAGAACGUGGACGACUCGUACCCGCCCCAGAAGAAGUCGUUCAUGAUGCUCAAGUACAUGCACGACCACUACCUGGACAAGUACGAGUGGUUCAUGCGGGCGGACGACGACGUUUACAUCAAGAGCGACAAGCUGGAGAAUUUCCUGCGCAGCCUCAACAGCAGCGAGGCUCUGUUCCUCGGACAGACGGGGAUGGGGGCCCGCGACGAGCUGGGCAAACUGGCGCUGGAGCCCGGGGAGAACUUCUGCAUGGGGGGUCCGGGGGUCAUCAUGAGCCGCGAGGUCCUGAGGAGGAUGGUGCCUCACAUCCGACAGUGUCUGCAGGAGAUGUACACCACCCACGAGGACGUGGAGGUGGGCCGCUGCGUGCGCAGGUUUGCGGGGGUCCAGUGCGUCUGGUCCUACGAGAUGCAGCAGCUGUUCUACGAGAACUACGAGCCCAACAAGAAGGGCUACAUCCGAGAUCUCCACAACAGCAAGAUCCACCGGGCCAUCACGCUGCACCCCAACAAGAACCCGCCCUACCAGUACCGCCUGCACAGCUACAUGCUCAGCCGCAAGAUCGCCGACCUGCGCCACAAAACCAUCCGGCUCCACCGCGAGAUCGUCCAGAUGAGUCGCUACGGCGCGGCCGAGCCGGGCCGGGAGGACCUCCAGCUGGGGAUGCCGCCCUCCUUCAUGCGCUUCCACCCGCAGCAGAGAGACGACGUCCUGGAGUGGGAGUUCCUGACCGGGAGGCACCUGUUCUCCGCCUUCGACGGACAGCCGCCCCGCCGCGGGAUGGACGCGUCCCAGCGCCAGGCCCUGGACGACAUCAUCAUGCAGGUGAUGGAGAUGAUCAACGCCAACGCCAAGACGCGGGGGCGCGUCAUCGACUUCAAGGAAAUCCAGUACGGCUACCGGCGGGUGAACCCGCUGUACGGCGCCGAGUACGUCCUGGACCUGCUGCUGCUCUACAAGAAGCACAAAGGAAAGACCAUGACGGUUCCCGUGCGCAGACACGCCUACCUCCAGCAGACCUUCAGCCAGAUCCAGUUCCGGGAGGAGGACCAGAUGGACGCGCAGACGCUGGCGGCGCACAUCAACCAGGAGUCGGACUCUCUGUCCUUCCUGUCCAACUCCUUGAAGAUGCUGGUCCCCUUCAAGCUGUCCACGUCCGGCCAGGAGCAGAAGGAAGUGGUGGACAAGAAGGUCAACAUCCUGGUGCCUCUGUCGGGGCGCUACGACAUCUUCGCCCGCUUCAUGGCCAACUUUGAGCGCUUCUGUCUGAUUCCCAAGCAGAACGUCAAGCUGCUGGUGCUGCUCUUCAGCACCGACAACGACACGGAGCGCGUCAAGCAGGUGGAGCUGAUGCGGGAGUACCACGUCAAGUACCCCCGCGCCGACAUGGAGAUCAAGCCCGUGGCCGGAGCCUUCUCCCGGGCGCUGGCGCUGGAGGUGGGCUCGUCGCUCUUCACCAACCAGUCGCUGCUCUUCUACUGCGACGUGGACCUGCUCUUCAACACCGACUUCCUCAAGCGCUGCCGGGCCAACGCCGCCCUGGGCGAGAGCGCCUACUUCCCCGUCAUCUUCAGCCAGUACGACCCCAAGGUGGUCUACGCCGGGAAGGCGCCCGGCAACAACCACUACGUCUUCACCUCCAAGACGGGCCUGUGGAGGAACUUCGGCUACGGCAUCGUCUGCGUCCACAAGGGGGACCUGGUCCGGGCGGGGGGCUUUGACACCUCCAUCCAGGGCUGGGGGCUGGAGGACGUGGACCUCUUUAACAAGUUUGUGCAGUCGGGCGUGUCGUUGUUCCGCAGCACGGACACGGGCAUCGUGCACGUGCACCACGCCGUCGCCUGCGACCCCAACCUGGAGGCCAAGCAGUACAAGAUGUGUCUGGGGUCCAAGGCGUCCUCGCACGGGUCCACGCAGCAGCUGGCCGAGCUCUGGCUGGACAAGAACGACCACGCCCAGCGCAGGCUGGCCGCCAACAACGGCUCGCUUAGGACAGCCUGAGGGGGACGUGCUGCUGGCCACGCCCACAAAUAAUUUAUUUUCCAUGCAAGAACCCCCUUUUUACUUUUACACUCUGACAGCAGGAGGCGGGGCCAGCCCCAGGAGGCGGGGCCAUCGGACACUUUGUGAAUGUUUACAUUUCCUCACACACAGAGAUUGUUUUUGUGUGAACAACUGCUGGAUUUGACGUCUAAUUUAUUGGUUUUGUUAAAUGCAAAGAUUGUAACUUCCUGUCACCAAAGACUCAAUUCUGUGUGUGUGUGUGUGUGUGUGUGUACAUGAGUGUGUGUGUGCGUGUGUGAGAGAUUGAGUGAACAGUAAAGAAUGUUCUUUAGCAUUUGGUUGAAUAGCCAGGGGGCGUGGCUUCACGUGAGGGUGGAGCCAAGCAAGCGUCUUACCUGGCAGGUACUGAUAUUCCCGGCUGGUCCAGUCUUCCAAAACAGGAACUUUUGUGACAACAUGAAGACUGACUGAGGUUGUCGUUAGUUUUUUUAAAAUCUUUUUUUUUUUUUUUAUUAUUAUUAUUGUUUUUAAUUUGUCUUUCAACUUUCGAGUAUGAAAGUUUUUCUAUUUAAAGAAUAAAAAUGGUGGGGAAGUUUUCCUAAAA